CAAUAUAUUUAACUGCCAAACCGUCCAUUUCAUUAUCUUCAUAUUUCUAUUCUACCCAACACCCGUUUCCCAAAUAUCUCUCUCUACGAUCAAAGCAAAAAUUUCAGGCGAAAACAACCAUGCCGGCGACGACCGAUGGUCAAGGUUCCUUCCUCAACCGCAUAAGCAUCCGCCGCAACCAGGUGGUAGCUAUGGAAAAUCACGAUCAAGAACUCGAAGACCUUGAACUCUUCCAAAAGCAUGUUGCUGACCGAUUCUCCUACAUUUAUUCCACCUCCUCCGCCGUCGCAUCCACAACCGCUAGUAACGGAACAGAUCCUUCCUCGGCAGCCAGUGAUUCCCCUAGUGCAGCCCUGGAGAGUUUCACCCCGCCACUCCUUUCAAUCUCGUGGUUCCGAAAUCUUCUUGAUACUUAUCUCUGCUGCGAGGCUGAAUUCAAGGCUGUUUUGGUAAUGGGUCGUGACCCGACCCAGUUUACGAAGACUCCGCUCGACAAACUCAUCCCUGACCUCCUUGAUCGCUCUGUGAAGGCGCUUGAUAUUUGUAACGCCGUCACACACGGCAUUGAGCUGGUCCGACACUGGCAGAAGCUGGCCGAGAUUGCCGUCACAGCGUUGCAGCAGAAUCCCAUCGGCGAAGGCCAGGUCCGGCGCGCCAAAAAGGCCCUCACCGCCCUUCUCAGUUCAAUGGUGCUUGAUGACAAAGAGAAUUUAAAUACCAGUAACCACGGCAAGUCAACAGAACGAACUUGGUCAUUCGGCCGUCGUGGCGGCGGCGGCUCUGUAAAUAGCAACAAGGACAGGUCCACUGGAAACUUCCGGUCUUUAUCCUCGUCGGUGGCGAAACAAUGGUCCGCCGCCAAACAGAUUCAGGCCAUGUCAUCCAAUCUCGCUGCGCCACGUGGUGGGGAGUCAACAGGUCUGGCCAUGCCGGUUUACAUCAUGAGCACGGUUUUAGUAUUUGUGAUGUGGGCUUUGGUGGCAGCAAUUCCAUGCCAAGAGAGGACCGGGCUUUUGACCCAUUUUGUUGUUCCAAAGCAAUUGGGCUGGGCCCAGCCUAUGAUUGGGCUUCAAGAGAAAAUUGGAGAGGAGUGGAAGAAGAAGGAGAAGAAAGGGAAUUCUGGAUUGCUUGAAGAGUUGCAAAAGAUGGAAAAAGUGUCUCAAUCCCUAGUCGAUUUUGCCGACUCGUUCCAAUUUCCAUUGGAGGAGGAGAAGUCGGCCGAGGUGGCAAUGCAGGUCGAGGAGCUAGCCGAGAUCUGCCGUAAAAUGGAAGAAGGGCUCAUGCCGCUACAACAACAGGUUAGAGAGGUGUUUCAUAGGAUUGUGAGGAGUAGGGCUGAAGUUCUUGAUCUUCUUGAUCAAGUUGGCAAAUUAUCCACCCCAGUUCCAUAUUGAUGCACAUUUCAAUUUUACAUUAGUUUGUUUAUACUUUUUUUCUUUUUUUUUUGGGUCAUGGAGAUCUAUUGUUAUGAAUUUGUAUUUAUUUAUUUUUCUACUUUUUUUUCCUAAUGGAUUCCCGGGGAAAAAAAAUAAAAAAACCAUUUUGAGAGAUUUUUUUCCGUUAUAAAAGGGUCAUAAUUUAGAGAUUAAAGGGCGAUUAAGUCAUUUUGCCCUUUUUUUAUGUAAUCUUGUUGGUGUAUCUGUUGAGGCAACAGAUGUUUUAAUUCAAAUGUUAUGUAUAAUAAAAUUGCAAUUUUUUGUUC